UCACCACAAAAACGCCGCCAGCCAUGCUCCGGGACGGGAGGUCGAUCCUUCCUCCACGCCGGCCUAGAGCCCAUCGCCGCCAAGCCUCAGGUCACCUCCGCCUAAUCCCCUGCCCGGCCAAGAAUCAGAGCGCCACCGUCCUGGCCAGAAACGCCGCCGCCGGCCUGCUCUCCAGCGUGUUCCGUUUGUUUAUUGCCAACAACCCGACGCCAAACGCCAGACGCCUCAGCUGCUUCGGGAGCUGUCGCGUCCGGUCGUCGAGAGGACCGGCCGCGCGCACGUGACACCGUCGCCUCGGCGAGCCCACUCGCUCGCCAUGGCCGCCGACGACGAGCCCUCCAUUACCCGCUGGUCCUUCGAGGAUUUCGAGCGCUACUACGACGCGGGCCUCGGCAUCCGCCACCAGCCCAAGGGCGACGGAGAUGACGACGACGACGAUGAAGAGGACGCACCGCCCGGAUCAGGCCCCGCCGACAGCGCCCGCGCCAACGGCGGCGCUGACCUCGCCGUGUUCGAGCAGUACGAGCGUCUGGAUAGAAAUGUCGAGUUCCGUAACGGGGCAAUGGAGGCUGGGCCGCCGCAGAAAUCUCUGCUCCCUUCUUUUGAAUCUGCAGAAACACGCAACUUAGCCGAGACAUUGUUGAGGAGGAGGAGCGCCAUGGGAGGACAACAAUGACCUGGUUCAGCGCCACGGCCGGCACCGCCGCUACCAGAUCCGCCAGGUUCCACACUCCCGAGCUGCGCUCAUGCCAUGCCAUCGGGAUGGGGGGAGCUGGCCCGUCCCUCGCUUCACCUGGGAGCGCGUUGUCGCCCGCGCUCGAUGCAGGCUUGGUGCAUCCGACUCCCGGUGGAUUAGUGCAUCGAGUAAAACAGCUCUAGCGCUUGGCUGUGUGUUCGUUUUUAGGAUGGUAAAUUUCUUCCCGAUUAAUCUCCGGUUGUUCAGUUGAGGUGUAAACAGAGAGAUCGUUUUUUUAAUUCACUUUGCCCUUUCUUGUUUUUUCCGAUCUGGAAGACUGAAGCUCGACGAAGAAAAAUUCACUGCUUCAAGUUUUUCCAAGUAUCCUGGAAUUGUUGAUCGUCAUCAUGACCCAAAGGACCGCAAGAGCAUUUUGCCCGUGAGUGCAGAUGAUGCUUGUCUCCAUAUUCAGAACAUGUUGAUACAACUAUUUUUUGAUGGAUUAUUUGAUACUUGGAACAACGAUGUUCACAGAGUUUCAGUUACCAAUUUUGGCCUUGUAAUUUGUAGCUUAAUCUGGUUUUGGUAAACUGACUAUAUGCAUGAUUGUAUUUGUUGGCUAAUUACCAGCGGGAACCAAUAAAAUUCAAUACAGUUUAUGAA